AUGGAGUCUGGCAAGAUGGUUUCUCCCAAGAGCAUGCCAAAAGAUGCACAGAUGAUGGCACAAGUCCUGAAGGAUAUGGGGAUUACAGAAUAUGAGCGGAGAGUUAUAAAUCAGAUGUUGGAGUUGGCCUUCCAAUAUGUGACCACAAUUCUAGAAGAUGCAAAAAUUUAUUCAAGCCAUGCUAAGAAAGCUACUGUUGAUGCAGAUGAUGUGCAAUUGGCAAUCCAGGGUCGUGCUGACCAGUCUUUUACCUCUUUUCCCCCAAGAGAUUUUUUGUUAGAUAUUGCAAGGCAAAGAAAUCAAACCCCGUUGCCAUUGAUCAAGCCAUAUUCAGGUCCUAGAUUGCCACCUGAUAGAUAUUGCUUGACUGCUCCAAACUACAGCCUUAAGUCUUUAAAAAAGGCAUCUACUUCUGCAGGAAGAAUAACAAUUCCACGGUUAAGUGUUGGUUCAGUGACCAGCAAACCAAGUACUCCCACACUUGGCACACCAAUCCCACAAACCAUGUCAGUUUCAACUAAAGUGGGGACUCCAAUGUCCCUCACAGGGCAAAGGUUUACAGUACAGAUGCCCACUUCACAGUCCCCAGCUGUAAAAGCAUCAAUUCCUGCAACAUCAGCAGUUCAGAAUGUUCUGAUUAACUCAUCAUUGAUUGGGUCCAAAAACAUUCUUAUCACCACUAACAUGGUGUCAUCACAAAAUACUGCCAAUGAAUCAUCAAAUACAAUGAAAAGAAAAUGUGAAGAUGAUGAUGACGAUGACGAUGAUGAUAACUAUGAUCAUUUGUAA